AUGAAUUCUUUGGUGAUCCUGAAAUUAGAAUCUCAAACAGCACAGCCGGAAAUUGAUACUGAAAAGCUAGUCCAAAUCCUCGAAUCAAAGGAGAUUUUAUGUAGAAGUACCCUGGUCAAUCCCAUUUCAGACAAUGAAGAACAUUGUGUAGUAUGGCAAAAUGGAAUUCAGACUGCAAAAGAUAUGUUCAAGAGAAACCGAGAAGAAAAGGAUUCUUUAGGUGGUGAUAUUUAUUUAGCGGGCGGGGUUAGUUUAUUCACUCCAUUACCAAAGUUAAGGAAGUAUCCUGUUAAAGGUCAUUUAUUUAUAAAUGGAGGUAGUUUAAUAGAAUUUGAUUCUCGUAGAAAUUUCCUUAAUAAUUUCAAAAAUCUGACAAAAACACCUAGUAUAUCUGCCGGCAUAGGUAUUGCAUACAAAAGUAGCAUUUUAAGAUUUGAAAUAAAUUUUUGUUUGCCAUUAAUUGCAACAGCCUCUGAUAAAUUAAAAAGAUUCCAGCUAGGUUUAGGAAUAAAUUUCUGGUGA